CACACUCGCACAUGCAUGCACAGUGUCUUGAGCAUCGAGGGACGCACUUGCCCUCCUCAAACACCGUCAGAAUGGGUGCAGAUUAUUUUGGAUUUUCGCUGCUCCGCAAUGAGAACAAAAGAAACAUCACCAUAUAUGUGAACAACCCAGCGGACAUUUCUGUGAUUGUCAUUUAUUUUCUGGUGGUUCUGGCGGUGGGAGUAUGGGCCAUGGUACGGACCAAUCGAGCCACUGUCGGUGGCUUUUUCCUGGCUGGCAGAAGUAUGGUGUGGUGGCCGAUUGGAGCCUCUCUCUUCGCGAGUAACAUCGGAAGUGGUCAUUUUGUGGGAAUUGCAGGAACUGGAGCUGCUGCUGGAAUCGCCAUCGGAGGAUUUGAAUGGAAUGCUCUGGUUGUUGUGAUUAUUCUGGGAUGGCUCUUCGUGCCCAUCUACAUAAAGGCUGGGGUUGUGACCAUGCCAGAAUACCUGAAGAAGAGAUUUGGUGGCCAGCGAAUUCGCAUCUACCUCUCUGUGCUGUCACUGUGUCUCUACGUUUUUACCAAAAUCUCGGCGGACAUGUUUGCAGGAGCCAUUUUCAUCAACCAGGCUCUGGGACUGAACAUUUACCUGGCUGUGGUAAUUCUGCUGCUGAUUACAGCUCUUUACACAGUAACAGGUGGUUUAGCUGCUGUCAUCUACACAGACACACUGCAGACCAUCAUCAUGGUGGUGGGAUCGUUCAUCCUCAUGGGUUUUGCAUUUAAUAAGGUUGGAGGCUAUGAGAACUUUAAGGACAGCUAUAUGACGGCCAUCCCAUCAGUAAUCAGUCCAAACAUCAGUGAAUCUUGCUACACUCCUCGUGCAGAUUCAUUCCACAUCUUCAGAGACCCCAUUAAUGGAGAUCUGCCCUGGCCUGGACUCCUCUUUGGUCUUACAAUCCAGGCCGGCUGGUACUGGUGCACUGACCAGGUGAUUGUUCAACGUUGUCUUUCUGCGAAGAACCUCUCUCAUGUCAAGGCUGGCUGUAUUUUGUGUGGUUACCUCAAGCUGCUGCCCAUGUUCCUCAUGGUCUUCCCUGGCAUGAUCAGCAGAGUGCUGUACCCAAAUGAAAUUGCCUGUGUGGAUCCGGAUGAGUGUAAAGCCGUCUGUGGAGCCGAAGUAGGCUGCACUAACAUCGCUUAUCCCAAACUCGUGGUGGACCUGAUGCCAAACGGUCUCCGAGGGCUGAUGUUGUCCGUCAUGUUAGCUUCACUCAUGAGUUCACUCACCUCCAUCUUCAACAGCGCCAGCACACUCUUCACCAUGGACAUCUACACCAAGAUCAGGCCCAAAGCCAAGGAGAAGGAGCUGAUGAUUGCUGGCAGGUUGUUUAUGCUGCUGUUGAUCGGCAUCAGUAUCGCAUGGAUCCCCAUCGUUCAGACGGCUCAAAGCGGUCAGCUCUUCGACUACAUUCAGUCCAUCACCAGCUAUCUGGCUCCACCAAUCGCCGCCGUCUUUGCACUCGCCAUUUUCUGCAAGAGAGUCAAUGAACCUGGUGCUUUCUAUGGGUUGUGUAUUGGUCUGCUGGUGGGUCUGGCACGUAUGAUAACAGAGUUUGCCUACGGCACAGGCAGCUGCGUGAAACCCAGUAACUGUCCCACGAUCAUCUGCGGUGUCCACUACCUCUACUUUGCCCUCAUCCUUUUCGGCCUGUCCUGCAUAUUGAUCCUGUCCAUCUCACUCAUGACAAAACCCAUUGAAGACAAACAUCUCUACAGGCUGUGCUGGAGUUUGAGGAACAACACAGAGGAGAGGAUUGACCUGGAGGCAGACGACUGGACUGAAGACCAGGACUCCAACUCUAUGGAAACAGAUGAGAUGCGUGAGGAGCCAGGCUGCUGUAGGAAGGCCUACAACUGGUUCUGCGGCUUCGAUCAAGGCAAUGCUCCCAAACUGACUAAAGAAGAGGAGGCUGAGUUGAAGAUGAAGCUCACCGACACCACUGAGAAACCUCUAUGGAGAAAUGUGGUCAACGCUAACGCUGUUAUCCUCCUCACCGUCUGCGUCUUCUUCCACGGUUUCUUCGGUUAAACAUCACUGGACAGAAAUGUUACUUUGUCAGUAACAUCAAGCGAAAUUGUGAUUAAUCUGAUUGUAAGAGGUUACAAAGUUCCUCUUGAAGCACUCAGUACUUCCUUUUCCUCAACAGAAACUCUUCCCUUCCUUAUAGCUUAAUUAAUAUAUACAGUUUUUGGCUCCUUUUUCUCCGUUUUUAAAACCUAGACCAGAACUGAUUCAUAUAAUCAUGUUGUUGUUUUUUUUCUUGUAGCCUUUUUUUUUUUUUACAGAAGCUGCUAAUUUAACAUGUUCUUGAUGGUUUUACUGUAAAUUCAGUAAUGUUUACAGUCCAAAACUGCACAUUCUUUCUUUAUUUUAUAUGGUAAUAGUUUCAACUUACAAUAUGAAGUUCUGGUCUUCUGAUGUAUUAUGAUCAAU